AUGCGCUCCCAGACCCUUCUUCUCGUCGCGGCCGCCAGCGCUACCGUUGCCUUACGCCCGGAGAACAUCACGAUAUGUGACUACUACACGCCUAUUGUGACUGGCAAAGACAAUUCCGCGGAGUCUCAAUAUGACUUGAUGCAGUUAAUCACGCACACAUUCAUCCUCGGGAACUACACUACGCCCAACGUUGGAGUCAAGGUGCAGGGUAUUGCUGCGGUCUUUCCUUACAAAGGUCACGACGUCAAUCUUCUGCCAUAUUUUAUCGGCGGCUAUAAAUCCACGAACACUGGAGGGCCCGAGCCUGAAGCUGUGAACUUCCUCGAUGACGGUGGUGCUACUGCUUUGCUCGCCAACAAGCCCGCAAAUGGUACCAAAUCUAACCAAUACAAGCUUCUGAACCACGUCUAUCAGUAUUUUGGCGAAUUUUAUGGCUGCAGCUUCCAGGGGAGCGAAGCAUUUCCAAAAUAUCAAGGCGUGGCUAGCAUGUACGAGGUGCACAAGUUCAUGGAUCCGGAUAUUUUCGAGUCCGAGUAUUUCAAUGAGCAAAUCGUCCUUGCUGCACAAUCCGUGGGUUUCGAGGACCCAGAUGUUACCUUCACUCGCGAAGGGCUUGCGAAGACCUUCACAGCACGAUGCAUUCCACCUGCCGUGGUCAUCCCAGCCUCUGCAGGCCCACAGCUACAGUCGAUCUGUGUGGCUGCGGACUGUCCGCUCGAUCCCCAAGCCAACUGCUCAGCCUAUCCAAAUGACGGCAACGUCUCGCCUCCGGCUAUUGCGAAUGCCACCCUUGUCGGACCAGCAGCCAAGGUCAACGGCACAGCAGCUCCUGCCACCGAGUCCCCUAGCUCCACAUCUGCAAGUUCCGCCCCUUCGUCGUCGGUCUCUGCCGAGUCCUCUUCUACUGCCAGCUCAUCUCCGCCCGCUGCCUCUAGCACCGGAGCUGCCAGCCAUAGCUAUGGUGGCUGGUCGACACUGAAGACAUUGGGGUAUGUUGCAUCUGUACUAGGAGCUGGUAUGGCUAUCUUGCCAUUCUAG